AUGUUGCAAAGAGAGCACUGUUGUACCAUUGAAUAUGAUGGAUAUCUUGUUCAUGGAAGUGAAAAUUCCAAUGACCGUGAUGUGUUGUAUUACAUUCUAGAUCCAAAGCCAUUUCCUUCUUUUCAACAGUGUUCGGAAUUUUGUCGAACUGUAAAGAUUAAUAUCAACCAUGAUGAUGAUGAGGCAAAUUCAUCCUCUCUCGUUCCGAAUGAUAAUAAUCACGGACGAGAAGUAGUGGAAGAAAAUAGAAAUAUUUGUCUCAUUAAAGAUGGAUACAUUGUACAAAUCUAUAAAGGAAAUGAGGAUGAAGCCAACAAUGCUCUCUUGAGAACCUAUCCUUUACAUUUAAAAGAGCAAGAAUAUGAAAAUCCUGUAAAAUAUUCAAUGGAGAGAGUGUGUAUUUUGAAAAUUAUUCGAACAUGCCGAGCAUUGUUAACUUGGUUUACGAAAAACAAACAUCGUGGUACCAUUAAGAAAGCAUUACGUUCACAUGAUUUUAAUGAAUACUUGGGAGUUUUGAAAAAUGUGGUUGACAUUUCCAAUCAAGAAUUUUACAAAUUAAUUAGCAACAAAGACGCAAUUAAGAGCUUGGCUUUUCAAUUAGGACAGACCAUUGCACUCAUUCGUGGAAUUGAAGUUUAUACAAAGAAUGAAAUUUCUGAAUUAUUCCCUGAGCUUUCAGACAUGUUAACGAGACGUGAAUUCACAACAGAAACCUUUGACAUUCUUAACAAGUAUAAGAACGAGUUGGUAGCUCAUCUAGCUUGCGUUAAAAGUUUUAAGCUCACAAACACUUCGUGGGACAUUUUCUUCUGCGACUCCAAUGAUCCAUCAUUUGAUGACAGAUUAUUACUUUGUCAGCAGCUUAAUGGAGUCGUGAUUGAUAUGAAGGUUGGAGUUGAAUUUUGUAUAUUUUUUCCUCACAUUCCCAGAACCCCUUUGAAUCCCAACGUGUUGUUUGCUUUUUAUUCAGUUACCGAGGAACACACUAACAACAAGAAGAUACAUUACUGGAUGUGUAAAGAUUACACAAAAAACAACUUCGAGAAUCAUUUCGAAGUAUUUGUACAAACACAUUCCAAACAAGACCUACUUGACGCUUUGAGGGAAGAAAUUGUCAAGAGUGUUAAUUAUGAUCUUGUUUUUGACAUUUCGAACGGUAUGCGAGUGAUUGGUAAACGACAUAAACUGAGUCACAAAACAGUAACGGUGUAA